AAGAUUUGCAAAGAGAAUACCUUAUAUAAGAUCCUCUCUUUGCAAAUCUUAGGGUAAGAUACCCCAAUUGAUGGUCUCAGAUCUCUGUUUGUAUCUCUCUCUCUAGUCUCUACUACUACUACAAGAUUUGACUUGCUUGAGUCUCCUCUCCUCAGAUGAAAAAAGCUUAUCUUACACUUAAGUGUCACUACCUCCAAGAUUCUAAAAAAACCGUAACCCACAAAUCUCGCCUUUAAGACACACCAUUAAAUCCCCCACCCCCAAGAUUCAGCUUUCUCCAAAUCAAGAAACUUCAAGAACUUGGAUCCUGAAAUGGCGGGAUUCACCAUGAGCUUGAACUUGCUUCUACUAGUAGCAAUGGUUGCUACAAACAUCCUCUCACUCUACCACCUCUCCUCCACCACCAAUUUCUUCCAAUCCACCGUCAAAUCCACGCAAGCCUCUGUUCCCACUGUCCCCGACCACCUCCUCCGUCAGCUUCACACAAUUCGCGCCGCCAUUAACCACCUCACUACUCACCAACCAGACAAAUCAACUUCUACAAUCACCUCACGCACCGCCGCGUCCUCCUCCUCCUCAGCACCUAAAGAGCUUCUCAUCUACUCUAAGCUCUCGCCUAUAGCUUCUUCUUGCCAUAACUACCCUGACUUACUCCAUGAGUAUAUGAACUACACUCCUUUCUCUCUUUGUCCUUCUGACACCGAUCUCGUCGAGAAACUCAUCCUCCGUGGCUGCCACCCACUUCCUCGCCGCCGUUGCUUCUCCCGAACGCCGCGGAAUCCGUCAGAUUCGAAACCUGAGUCUAAUGUUAUCUGGUCUUACUACUCUUGCAAAAGCUUCGAUUGUUUGGUUACUAAAUUCCCCGAUCUAGGGUUCGAUCUCUCGUUGGAGAAAUCCAAAUCUCAGUUCUCUGUUUACAAAUCCGAGCUCGAUUUACCGAUCUCGCAGCUUCUCCAGAUCGCUAAAUCCGCCAAUUCCGUUCUCCGUCUCGGGAUCGAUGUCGGCGGUGGGACUGGUUCUUUCGCCGCGGCGAUGAAGGCUCGUAACGUUACGGUUCUGACAACGACGAUGAAUUUCAAUGCGCCGUAUAGCGAAGCGGUGGCGAUGAGAGGGUUAGUGCCGCUUCAUGUGCCGUUACAGCAGAGGCUCCCCGUGUUUGAUGGAGUGGUGGAUUUGGUUAGGUGUGGAAGAGCGGUGAACCGGUGGAUUCCGGUGACGGUUAUGGAGUUUUUCUUCUUUGAUUUGGAUCGGAUACUUCGUGGCGGUGGUUAUCUUUGGUUGGAUCGGUUCUUUAGUAAAAAAGUUGAUCUUGAGAAUGUUUAUGCUCCGAUGAUUGGGAAAUUGGGUUAUAAGAAGGUGAAAUGGGCGGUGGCUGAUAAAAAAGAUUCGAAACAUGGUGAAGUGUUCUUGACGGCUCUGCUUCAAAAGCCUGUUGCAAGAUGAUGAAUCCUUUUUUUUUGUGAGGACACAUUCCUCGAGUUUAUGUUUGUAGCAUACAGCUUACUCUUGUUGUUAAAGAUUUGGAAGAUAAGAACUCAUUGACAAAUCCAAACAAGAAAGCUUUUUUCCACUGCUGUAAGCACACACAAGUAACGAUGUUAUUUAUGCAAAACAAGAACUAGGGAAUUAUUAAGCCAAGAUUUGAUCUAUUGUUGUUAGAGAGAGAGACUGAUUAAAUGGUGGUAUACAUAAAUUAUGGUGUCUUCUGCGCAUUUGUUUCUGUGGUAGCUAUUAUGCAUUCAUAUCAUUCUUAGUAUGGUAAUUAUUUGUGGAAGGCAGAGAAGUUUCGGGGUUAUGAAUGUUGUUUACUUUAUAAAUUUUUAUACUGAUAAGCAUGUAAAUACUUUUUCUU